AUGAAUCAGUCUUAAGCAAGCACUAUAUCCAUGAAGUUGAUUGGAAAAAUCACAGCUAAAAAAGAAAAUCUUCAGCUUAAUAAUUAUACCAUAAAUGAGUUUAGAGAUAAUUAGCUCUCUAGUACAAAUUCAACAUUGCAAAAUCAACUUAAAGAAAUCAAAGAUAAUGAUUAAAAUAAGGCGAAUCAAGUUAGUUCUCCUCCACGAUAACUUUGCACUGUAGAAGAAGGUAUAUUAAAGCAUAUUCAACAGAAAAUUCAAGUAAUGGAAGAUCAGAUAAGCAAAAUUGAGUAUUCUCAAGAUACAAUGAGACCUGUUCUCAGAUAAAUACAAACUCCUCAGGGAUAAAUUGCCUUAUUAAAUUAAUUUCAAAAGCAGUAACUCUAGAUGCUAAAUCCUAAGGAAUAAGAAAAAUAACAAUAGAUUGCGGAAUAGCAGUAUGAAAUUUUAAAAAAUCUAAAGAGUUAAUCGCAAGAUCAACUAGACUAGCAUGAAGAGCUGUUUAAAAAAAGUGUCGAUGGACUUAAAAUUAAGAAAAUGGAAUUGGAUUUUAAUUUAGAAUAGUCUUCAAAGUAUUUGGCGAGUUAAUUAAGGGAGAGCGAAUUCAAAAUUCUAGAUGAUAAGGCUCAACUUUAGAAUGAUAUAUAGAGAAAAUAGAACGACAUAAAAGAUGAAUUAUUAUAGAAAAUUGAAUAAAUGAGACAGAACUAACAGAGUAACUCAGCUGGCCAAAGUUAAAGAAUGCAAUCUUUGUACGAGAGAUUAGAUGAUGUCUAGAAAAUAUACAGUCAAAGAUUAAAUAAUUUGGAGUAAAGAGUAAAACCAAUUAGUGAGGUCAUUAGCCAAGCUAAGAAAAAUGAUAGCAACCAAUUGCAACUAUAACUUAGUAAACUUCUAGAGGAGUAAAUGAGAAAUACAGUGCUGAGUAUCAAAGGUACUUUUGAAGAAAAGUUUUAAAGUAUUCAAGAUUAAUAAAAGUAAGAAACUGAUUGCCUGAAAGAGGACCUCAGCAAACUAAACAUUAAAAUAGCUUAAUAGAGCAUUAAUAUGACUGCAGAUAACAGAAUAUCAGAGUUGACUUUUAAAAAAGUAAAGAAUUAAACUAAAAGUGUUGCCAAUCUGAGUCCUAACAGUGAGUAUAACAAAAAUAAAACGAUUGAUCAAAUUCAAAGUUAAUCUAAAUCUGUCACUCGCAAAUAAAAUCAGAUCCAAUCUCAAACCCAAAACUAAUUAAGAGAGGAUAUAAAAAAAUCUUUUGAGGGUCUUGAAUCAUUUUCAUUGAAAACUUCAGAGGAUAUAAACGAAGAGCUAGAAAAUUUAAAUGGAUGUAUUGAAUCAAAUUCUAAUGCCUUGCAGAAGUCUCUCUAUGAUUUACAAGACUUAAAAGAUUCCUAGAAGGGCAAGAAGGACAUUGAAGAUUUUGCAAAUAGAAUUAUAUCUUAAUUCUCUCAGUUUAGUGAUUACAUCAGAAAUGAAGUUAGCAAAAUAAGAAAACUAAUUCUUCACAGAUAACAAUCAGCUGAUCAGGAAUUGAAAAAGCAAGAUAGUCUUGUUGAUUAGUUGCACAAAGUGGUAAUGAGCGAAAGUCAAAUUUCUGGGCAAAGUGUCGUUGUGAAAUUAGACUAAAUUAAGGAACAUUAAGAUGCAUUAAAAAAGCAUCUUGCAAAUACAUAAGGCUAUUUGACAAGAGAAGCAAAUCAAGUUGAUUUAAAACUCAUGCAAUUACAAGAUUUUAUAGUCAAAGAAAUAGAGCCAUACAUUCCUCAAGCUGAUGACUCUGAAAAUCAAAUUGAUCAAUAUGGAGCUAAUUAAAAGCCAUUUAGUGGAAUUAAUAAGCAAAAUAUUAGUGCCAUAUAAGAAGAAGGAGCAGAAUACUUGCACACUGAAGAUUAAUUAGAUGAUUCAAUAGGUAAUUGA